AUGGCGUUUCUCGUUCGUUCACAGGAGAUCAUAACGCCACUUUUCUUCAUCGCCAUCCUAGUGGCAGUGCGAUUGACACAAAAGGUCGAUGAGCUGCCCGUUAUUCCCAGCUACCCCUCUGCCAGCCUCUACAACACCACCGAUUUCUGGCCGCUGACGUCCAUCUAUGGAGCGACGCCGAAUACGACCGCCGUGAAUGCCUUCAUGGUGGCUGCUAUGGAUACACUCGCUAGAGUGCAGAACAGCAGCCCGCCGUACUUUGAACUCUUUGCUACCGAGGCGGAACUAGAAAACGCUUACAAGGCCAACCACAGUAUGAUGUCUGUGGGUAUAGUAUUCUCGAGCGAUGGACCCCUCCUUGAUACAACGUACACGAUCCGGGCCCCAGGACAAUAUAUUGAUCUCAACAAUGAUUUCACUAAUCCAGGUGUCUGUCGAAGUGACCAGUCAACUAAACCGAUCCCAGAAUGUCCUGCCAAUUGGUAUUUGUAUUCAGGGUUUAGUCUACUCCAGGGUGUCCUGGAUACCACACUGCUUCAGUUGAAGACGGGGCGCGCCGCGGCGACGAGCGACGUCGUCGUACUUAUGAUGCCGAAGCCGAGUCAUACGCCGGACGUGUCGUACAUGCAGUCGCUGUCGUCCAUCUACCUCGUCAUCGCCUUCGCUCCGUUUGUCAGCUUCCUGCUCGUCCUGCUCGUCACCGAGAAGGAGAUGAAGAUCAAGGAGACGAUGAAAAUGAUGGGCAUGAGGGACGCGGCGUUCUGGUUGUCGUGGACGAUUGUGUACAUGGUCAUCAUCACAGUCAUCUGUUUCAUCAUGGAACUGAUUGCCAAGUAUGCUCGUCUGUUCCCCGGCAGCUCGUUCAUUCUGAUGUUCAUCGCUCUGUUGCUCUACGGAAUGUCGAUCAUCACCUUCUCCUUUAUGCUGACUCCAUUCCUUCACAAAGGAAAGACGGCUGGAGCCUUCGGAAGCUUUGCGACAAUCAUCUUCUCGAUGCUCUACUUUGUUGUGAAGUUUGUUCCCGGCGUGUCAGUCACUGUGCGUUGGCUCCUCUGCCUCCUCUCUCCCGUCGCUCUCACGCUCGCCAUCGAUCAGGCUGUCCUCCUGGAGACGACAUCCGGAGGCGUGAAUCUGGACAAUGUGAAUGAGGGAAUAUUUCCGUUCUCCAACUGUCUCAUCAUGAUGGCUGUUGAUACGCUGAUUUACCUGCUGCUGGCUGCUUACUUUGAAAACAUCAUUCCAGGCGAGUAUGGACAGAGGCUGCAUCCAUUGUUCUGCCUGAAGCGAUCGUACUGGUUCCCAUCCGUGAGGCCAGGAGAGACUAGCAGCCUGCUGAGAGAUGUCCCCGCCGUGGACUACACCGACGCGGCCAACUUUGACAGAGACAUCGAGCCAAUCUCUGAUGAACUAAAAGAUAAGGCGGCAAUCCGGAUCGUGAAUGUCAGCAAGAGUUUCAAAGCUCAAAACAAGGAGGUGACGAGGGCAGUCGAUGGUCUCUCCCUCGACCUCUAUGAAGGUCAGAUCACAGCCCUACUUGGACACAAUGGAGCUGGCAAGACCACUCUCAUUAAUCUUCUGACAGGACAGAUGUGUCCCAGCACAGGUUGCGCCAGUAUCUAUGGGUUAAACAUCGCCAAGCCGUCAGACAUGGACGUUAUCCGGGGGAUGACGGGUGUGUGUCCACAGCAAGACAUUCUAUUUGACGUUCUCACCCCCCGUGAACACUUGGAGGUGUUUGCUAGUCUGAAGGGGGUAGUGCCUGCUCGACUCAAUGCCGAGGUCGUGUUUCUUGACGAGCCGACGGCGAGCAUGGACCCGUACUCGCGCCGGCAGGUGUGGAGUCUGCUGCGCAGGCUGCGGCCGGGCCGCAUCAUCCUGCUGACCACGCACAUGAUGGACGAGGCCGACAUCCUCGCUGACCGCAAGGCGAUCAUGUCCAGCGGCCGCCUGCGCUGUGUCGGCUCAUCCUUCUUCCUUAAGAGUCGGUUCGGCAUUGGCUACCACCUGACUAUCGUGACGUCGCAGCCAUCGUGUGAGCGUGACCGCAGCAGGAUCGUGGCCACGCUGAGGCAGCAUGUUCCGCUCGCGCAGCAGGCCCGCGCACAUGGCAUGGAGCUCUCCUACAUCCUACCACUCGACGACAUCAGCAGCUUUGCUGCACUGUUUGUGCAGCUGGAGACAGACAAGGAGGAGCUGGGUGUCGCAAGCUACGGAAUCGCCAUGACAACGCUCGAGGAGGUCUUCCUGAGGCUUGGAGAGGAGGGAGGCGAUGACAUCCUAGAGGAGAAUGUUAACCCAGCACAGUGCCUGAUCGAGAGGCAAGGGAGCGUGUUGAGUUCCAACACUAGGCUAGAGAGAUCGCUGUCCCGAGGUGGCCAUACCAACCCCACAGAGUUCAACAUCCAAGAGGAGGGAGCUGGGACCACUGCAGGUGGCGCUGUAAUCGAUGUUAGCAGAGAUGUUAUGAGCUGCAGCUACGUUCAGCGAGAGGGAACCGAACUUCACGCCACCUGGUGGCAACAGUUUAAGGUUUUACACAAGGUGCGCUGGAUGAACACACUUCGCAGUAUCAAGGCGGUGUUAUUACGCAUCUUCAUACCAGCUGUGCUCGUGGCCGUCAGCCUUGCCUUGGCUGCCUCCUCCACACUCUCCACACAGGAGCCAACGAAAUACACGUUCCGCAGCGCCACCUACAACGCCUGGGACGUGCUGUACACGAACUCGUCGCCGUCCAGCGUGGAUGCUCUCUUGUCGGGGCUGACCUCACAGGGUCUAGACGUGGCGCAGAUGGGCAACUAUGAUGACCUGCUGAACGUGGGAGUGCACUACCAGGCGAUGGACGUACACCAGUUUGACACGGGGGGAGAGAACAUGACCUGGACCGCCAUCUAUAAUGACAGCGGGCUGCACGCGCUGCCAACACUGAUGAACGCCGUGGCAACGGCACGCCUCCGCUCACUCGGCGCUGACGCGGCGGCGGCCAUCGCGGCGUCUGUGCAACCGUGGCGCUCCCUGACGGGAGAGACGUUCACUUUUGAUUAUAUGUCGUUCUUCUCUGUCAUGAUCCUCGGUGUCGUGCUGACGAUGGUUCCUGUAGGAUUCGUCAGCGAGGUAGUCCAGGACAGAGAGUUGCGAUGCUCCAGUCAGCUGCGUAUAUCCGGUACAAGCUUUGCCGUCUACUGGGCAAGCUUCUUUGCCAUGCAUGUGAUGCAGUGCUUAAUACCUGUCAUCCUCUGUAUCAUCGUGGUGCUGGCAUUCCAGGUGUCAGUGUUUAGCUCCGGUGGUGCCAUCAUGAGUCUGCUGCUGCUGUUCACCAUCUGCAUGCUGGCCUGCAUCCUGUUUGCCUACGUCAUAUCGUUCUUGUUUACCAAGUCGGAGACAGCAGAGAUCGUUGUCGUCUCUGCAGCCCCACUG